AUGUACGGACCGGAAACCAUGACCAGAAGGCUAGGAAGUCAAGACGAAAUGAGUCAAACAAGCACACUAGCAACGGUGUCAACAAUACGAGGAGGUGAGGAUUCACAAUACCAGUCGUUCGAAUACCAUCAUGCUCGACAAACACGGGCAACUAGUGAACAACAAAGCCAGUCACUGGAUGCCCAAUGGUCGAGAACUAGAAGACUUCUUGAGACCCCAGAGCAGCGAGCAGUUCGCCAUAUGAAUGAUGCUGAAAGGUCGAGAUCUAGAAUAAUACAAGAAAGCUCGGAGGAAAGAAGGACACGGCAGUCAAGCGAUGCUGAUAGAGCCAGGAACAGAAGAAGACAAGAAAGCUUGGAGGAGAGAGACGUCCGUCUGUCGCGAGGUGCCGAGAGAGCCAGGUUUGGAAGAGGGCAUGAAAACCCGGAGCAGACGAGAGCUCGCCAGCUGAGCAAUGCCGAAAGGGGUAGGAGUAGAAGGAGACAAGAAAGCUCGGAGGAAAGAUUGCUCCGUCAGUCGCAAAAUGCUGAGACAAGCAGAGCAAGAAGGGAGCGAGAAAGCUUCGGAAGAACGACGGAAUCGUCUGCUGGAAGUUGCUGA